ACCUAGGUCACGCAAGCAAUGUUGAACACAACAUCAAAUUAUCCGCUCUUCUUAUCCGGAAAUAACAAUUUUUUUAUCCACCUCACGAACACGACAGUCCUCCUCUAUUGAGAUUUGUUCUUUUUGCCUACUACAGUAGUACCAAAUUUGUUUUAUUGUUCCUACUUCCUACUCAUUCACGACUUUCUUGACAAUUAUAGUUCUCAAGAUUUUUCACCAACAUAAAAUUCUCUCGCCCCAACGUGGUGCAUUUUUCGAUAUUUGUUGUUCCGCAAUCUGCCCCUCCGCGCAGAAGAACCACACCAAGACCAAGGUGAGCAACUUUUCGAGCACCUCUACAACGAAGAGAAGAAAGAUCAUGCCAGCUUCAGGCAAAGCCAUGGAGGUGUCGACGUCGCUCGACGGAGCACAUCAAGACGCACAUGCACAUCAAGACGUAGCACAACAGGAUGGUGCGAAAAAAGGCUCAGCCCGUCGAGACCUGCUGGUCAACUUGCAGAAAAAAGCGCAGUUAAGACCACUCAGUUGUAUAUUUAUUUUCAUCAUAUGACGAAGUACAACUACUACAUGGUCCUCCCUGUAACAAACAGUAGACUAUCAUGAUCACUACUUUCAUCAUCAUUUGGUUGUACUUGUAGGUACAACUACGAACUGAAAGUAGUUCGAUUGAAGAUCAAAGAAAAAUAGCCGCUCAACAUGAUUCUAGUCGAAUCUUCCAGUUAGAAGUAGUAGAUGAAGUAUAUAAUUUGUUCUGCUUCUCUCUUUCUGUUUCUCCGCCACUUUGGAACAUUCUAACAACCCAACAAUGGCUAGAGGAUGCUGCCUUCGAGAUCGAUGCGCCAAGACAAGGAGCUGUGUCCGCUGAAGGUCAAGUGAAGAACAGCCGCCAAAAGAACAAGUGGCUCGUCACCUUCCCAUACCCAUACAUGAAUUUAUGCCACAUAUCUUGACUCGGAUACCUUCCCAUACCCAUACAUGAAUUUAUGCCACGAGCAGGGCCUUGAUGUUGAUGUUUAGAUCAAUAUUUUUACACAUGAUGUAAAAAUCGAGAACAAGCCGCCUCUAUUCCACCAGCCUCCUCUCGUCCUCCACCCUUCUUCCUCUACUCCACCAGCCUCCUCUCGUCAUCCACCCUUCUUUCUCUAAUCUCUGGUCGUCUGCAUCUUGGGCAUGGUUUUUCUCUGACGAAAGCUGAAUUUUCCGCGAGAUUUCGCAUGCUGGAGGGACGCAGAGUUCUCUUCCCGUUUGGCUUUCACUGCACUGGCAUGCCAAUCUGCGCCGCGGCGCAUAAACUUGAGAAGGUACUAUUUCUAUAGGGGUGUAGUACGUACUUAUGCUGAUUUCUAUUUAAAAUGUUAGUGUAGAAGUAGUAGUCGAAGAUGUACUUGGCCGAAGAUGUACUAGAGGUUUUUUUAGUGUAGUAUGUACUUCUCGUAGAAGUAUUUGUUGGGCGUGUUGUAGAAGUCUUCUGUAGUUUUGGUUUUCUGGUUUAUAAUAGUACUUCUCCAAUAUCCAACAAUUGUCAGCAACUUGCGGAGGCAGCUCGUGAGGAUGACGAAGAGGAAGAGGUACCCGCGACGGCAGCAGCCGGUGAAGAUUAUGCCUUGAUACAAUUCACUUCUUCUUGGGACUUUUGCUUCUUCUUGGUCUCGAAGGAUAAAGCAAGACUUCUUGUUCUUACAAUCGAGGAUAAUGCAAGAUGAUAGGAGAAGAAGAACGUAACACAAGUCUCGAAAAAAUUUACAAUCGUUCAGGAGAAAUGAACCAAGAACUGAAGAAGUAGGAGAAAUGAACCAAGAACCGAAGAAGUGAACUGUAGAAUGUUGAACAGUCUAAGAGGAGACGUCAGCAGCGGAUCGGGCUGCGGCAGGUAAUUUCAAGACCCAAAAGUCCAAGGCAGUCGCUAAGGGCGGUGGCAAGCCAGUAGCUGAAAUCCUUAAAGCGUGCGGUGUAGCAGAUGCGUUGAUUCCGAACUUUAUUGGUACUUACUACUACAGACUUGUUAUAAAUUGAUGUUAUCGAAUAAUUUUUACAGAAUUUUUAGAGUUACUGUUAGAUUUUCUAGUAGUGUUAGUGUUAGAGUUAGUAUUAGUUUUAGUGUAACAGUUAGAGUUAGUCAGAGUUAGAGUCAAUAUCAGACGAGUACUACUGCUUCAGCUACUAGUUUGCUUCACGACCUGAACGCUGAACGCCUAGUAAGUCACGCCCAGCGCCUAGUAGGGCACGUCAAUGUCCUCGAAUACUUUCGAAAAUUUCCAAAAAGCAAGACCACCAUAACUAUCAACUUCAGAUCCCAAGUACUGGUUGGAGUAUUUUCCUCCUUUUGGUAUUAGCGACCUGCAGCAAUUCGGUCUCACGACUGAUUGGCGUCGAUCCUUUAUCACAACCGAUGCCAAUCCCUACUACGACGCGUUCAUCCGAUGGCAGUUCAACUUAUGGGAAAAAGAGAGUUGCAAAGAUGAUUGAAAUAAUGUAGUCGUCGUAGAACUAAGACGAGUUAUUCGAAAACUCAAAAUAACCGAGUUACUAACUGAAAUAAGGGAGGCAGCUUAACAUCAAGGCUACCCUUCCUUCUCGUCAGUAUCUCGGUUAUUCAGAUCAGUUACUUGCUUAUUUCAGUUUUUCGAGUACUUAAUUCUGUUUGAUAACGCUGGAAGUAGAAGUACUUUUUUGGGGAUGUUUGCAUAAUUAGCUAGUUGUUCUCCAAAGCUCUUCUUGCGCGCCUCCCUGCUUCGAUGGUGAUCGCACACCGUCGCAACAGAGCCACAUUGAUAGUACUCUUUCUGCACAACUCAUAAGAACGACGUUUUCUUUACUCAUUUCACUAUCAACAUCUAUGAUCUCCCUCUCUCUCCCUCUCUAUCUCACCAGUCCGUCUCCCCCUCGUCUCAGCCCCUCCCAGCCCCUCUUGCUCUAAUCCUUAUCCUCAAGAAGGAGAACUAUAUUCAGUUCGGCACGAGAGCUUCCAUCUUUGAUCCGGUGUCAGACCAACCCUGUGCGGACCACGAUCGAGCCUCGGGAGAAGGCGUGGGGCCACAGGAGUACGUGUUGAUCAAAAUGCAAGUGUUGGACGUUCCGGCAGCAUGGACCAAUGCCGUAGACAGUGUUGUAUCGAAUGCGGAGGUGAAAAGCAAGCUCAAGUUCUACCUCGUGGCAGCGACUCUUAAGGCAGCAAACACUAGAAGUAAGUAGUUGAAGAAGUAGAAAUAGAGCAGCUUUAGUUUUUACUUCAUCUUGUAGUAGAAGUAGAACAAUUACAGAAAAUACAUAUUAGAAAUCGAAUACAUAGAUACGUCUCGGUCUCUUGUUGUCGCACUAUUCAGAACAAAGGUAGUCUCAUCUUUCUUUUGUUAGCUGCAAACGAGGACUACAACUCGCUGCAAGCUUCGGCACAAGAUCAUCAAGAAUAUCGUCUCUCCCAGAACUAUUAGUGAAGUACAAAUACCCUUAAGGCAUAACUUUUUCUAAUCCUCUCCGUGCCGAAACGAUGUGUGGGCAGACCAAUUGCUUCGUGCUUCCAGAGGGCGAAUACUCUCUGAUCCAGGCGAAGAAUAAUGAGGUUUUCGUCUGCGGCGAGCGCGCGGCGCGAAACAUGGUGUACCAAGAAACCGCAGAAGUAGCCGCUUUUGACUCCGCGUUUGUCAAGACCGCCAUGGGAUCGCCUUCUUCCAACCCGAAAGCCAAAGCCUUGAUCGAAUCCAUCCACGCAGACGAGUCGCUGUCUCUCUACAAGCAGAAGCCUUUGACGUACACCAAGGUUUUGGGCAAGUCCAUGUUCGGGCUGAAAGUGAAAGCUCCGCUGACCCCGUACCCAUAUGUGCAUGUUCUGCCUCUGUUCAGCAUUUUGAUGAACAAGGGGACGGGCGUUGUCACUUCUGUGCCAGCUGAUGCGCCGGAUGACUUCGCGGCAUUGAACGACUGGCAAACAAAGCCGAAACUCCGGGACCAGUGGGGAAUCCAAGAGGAAUGGGUUAAGUUAUGAAAAUGAAAGGAAAGAAGAAAUAGAUAUCUUCCAACAACAACCUCUUGCCAGGCACAUCAAUCAAUCAAUCAAUCAAUCAAUCAAUCAAGGGACAAGCACAAGGAUCGAUAGGGAUAAGCAUGAUAAGGAUUAUUUUCGUCACUUCGUUGAUGGAGAUCAUGUAGAGCUACAUCGUCGAUCACCUCGCUCAUCUGAUAUUGAACGUCACAAUGUCAAGAUAAGUAGAUUAUUACCAUCCGCAUCCCUUUUAAACCACCUAAAUCAUCUUCUAGUACUAAAUUUAGCGUGAGAUGACGGACCUAGGUACUCGAAAAAUCAAAGAAUAUGUGUAUCUCCACAUCAGAAGGAACACUCCCUCUCCCAACCUGAAAAUGAAAAAUACGUCCCCUCGUCUUGCUCUUCUAACAUUCGAGUUCAAGGUUGUGAACGUGAUCAACACUCCGGAAUAUGGCGAUGCCUGCGCGCCAGUGCUUUGCGCACAGUACAAGGUGGAGUCACAAAAGGACAAGGACAAAUUGAAGCUGUGCAAGGAAGAGGCGUACAAAAAGGGUUUCUACAGCGGAAAAAUGAUCGCUGGACCCUUCGUCGGCGUGCCUGUUGCAGAUGCGAAGAAGAAAACCGCAGAAAUGCUGAUUUCUCAGAAUGAGGCCUUGAAGUACUAUGAGCCUGAGAAGGAGGUGAUGGCACGAACCGGCGUAGAAUGUAUCGUAGCGUUCUGUGAUCAAUGGUACAUCGACUACGCCAAUGAGGAAUGGACGAAAUCCGUACGCGAAUACGUCGGAAACGAAGGAGAGUUUGAAUGUACUUCUACUUCUACUGUAGAUGUAGUUUUUGCUCUUCGAGUCUUGUUGUGACUAAUUUUGGUGUAGAGUAAUAGUUACUUAUAGAUGACCCAUAAUAUUCAACAUGUCGCAAUUCGUCCUCUCGAAACCAUCUUGAUCUUGAUUUUUCCACCCAAUACGACAACGAUCCACGACCUCCUCCUUGUCUUACAAAGAGAAAAAUAAUAGAAAAAGAAGUACUUCUCUAUCUAAAUCUUCAUAGCCUACGGUGAGGGUACUCGUAACGGUUUGUUGCGUACUAUCGACUGGAUGAAAGAGUGGGCUUGCUCCAGAACCUUCGGUCUGGGCACGAAGUUGCCUUGGGAUCCGAAGUGGCUCAUCGAGUCCUUGUCCGACUCGACAAUCUACAUGGCUUACUACAGCAUCUCUCACUUGCUGCAAGGUGGUCUGUUGAACGGCAUCAAGCCGAACCAUGGUGGUGCUCCUGGAACUGACGACUUCAUUCCUCCAGGCCCAUUGCGUAUUCGUCCAGAGCAGCUGACUGAUGGAGUUUUUGAUUAAGGCAGUAGCAGCUAUAGCUAGUACGGGUAGCUUAGUUUUAUUAGAACUUAUCGAGAUUCAUAUAGAUAAAGAUUUAUCUUCUUACAAAUAUAUAUUUUCUGAAGAUUUAUCUUUCAGCAUCUUCAGCAGGAGAAGCACAAGCAGAAGCAUCGUUUUGUGCGAGAAGCCUUUUACUCAUAUUCAUCUCUAUGUAUUAGAAAACGGAUCUCGUUGGUUGACCUAAGCAAUGGCAUUCUUGAACAUUGCCUGUCUAAUCUGCCUACGUCUUCGACCGCAGUGACGACAUUCCCGCAGACUGCACUCUUUCGCAGGCAGUGUUGACCGAGUUGCGGAACGAAUUCCAAUUCUGGUACCCGGUGGACAUCAGAUGUAGCGGCAAGGACUUGAUCCAGAACCACUUGACGAUGUCCCUCUUCAAUCAUGCGGCUAUUUGGAAAAGUACUUUGUUUUUCUGUUUGUAGUUCAGCUAUGUAUGGUAGGUUCCAAAUCGAUCCAAGAAUGCGUUUUCCGCUAUUUAGAAACGUAUUUGAAAACUCUUGAUUUUUGAUUUUAUGGCAAGUACAUCGCGAUGGGCAUCCAGAGCCUUCCCCUUCUGUAGACAAUUCCCCUACAGGAGCCCUUACCCAACACCCUUCUAUUGGGACCCAACAUCCUCAUCCUUCAGACAAGCCCCAAUACUGGCCGAAGAGUUUCUAUGCCAACGGACAUAUCCUAGUGGACAACGAGAAGAUGUCGAAGAAUAAGGGCAAUUUUAUGACUAUGCAAGAAGCCUGCGAAACGUACAGUGCGGAUGUGGUGCGUCUAGCCUGCGCGGAUGCUGGGGACACUCUGGAGGACGCGAAUUAUUCGACAGAGAUCAGCAAUCAGAGCAUUCUGCGAAUGACGUCGCUGCUGUCUUGGGUAAUUUCUUCGCAUUGAUUGUCAGACAGUCUAGUUUUGAAAUUUGCGUUUUUAUUCUCCAUCCACAGGCCAACGACGUGAACUCUCCCCUAGUUUUGAAAUUUGCGUUUUUAUUCUCCAUCCACAGGCCAACGACGUGAACUCUCCCCAAAGUUUUGAAAUUUGCGUUUUCAUUCUCCAUCCACAGGCCAACGACGUGAACUCUUCUUCAAGGAGCUUCUCGACAUCAACUACUUUCCUUGUCGUUUAGUUGUCAGUUACUACCAGAACUAGGUUACUAGUUAAGAUAUUUGAGUUCAGCACUUUCCCUUCCUUGUUUUUACUUACUGUUUGAGUAGUUAAUACUUACUAGAUUUAAAAUAGUAGCCCCAGGAUACAAAAAAAAAAGGAAUUUUUUCUGAAAUCUCCAAAUUGCGUUUUCAUUCCCCAUCCACAGGCCAACGACGUAACCGCGAAGAUCGCAAAGCAGGGCGGUACGGGCAACGCCCGACCCAAGGAGUUCAUGGAUCUUGUUUUCGAGAACGAGUUGAUCGACUUGAUCAACAAGACUUUCAAGGCGUACGAGACAUGCCAGUAUAAGGAUGCCCUUAAGUGGUGCUGGUACGAGAUGGAAAACUUGAGAAAGACGUACUGCGACAGAGUGGGAACAGAUGACUGGCAUCCGGAAUGUACUUUUUUUUGUGUAGUUUGUUUUUCUCGAAAUUAUAGAUCUAAAACUUGUUUGAUGUGUUACAACUAGGAGUACGCUAACAACUUCCAUUUUAUCGCAUCAAACAGACGAAGUCAAAACUCCAAGAAAUCCCAUCAGUCAGACCAUCCCUUUGAUGUCAACCAACUUGUCCAAUCUCAAAACAGCCAUCCUCCGUUUCCUGGAAGUUCAAGCCUUGACCCUCAGUCCCAUCUGUCCCCACUUUUGUGAGCAGUUGUGGCGCGAGGUGUUGAACCAGCGUGAGCCGCUGUGGAAGCAGAAGUGGCCAACGCCAAAGGUCGCCUUUGACAAGGUGUUGCAUCGGAAAUUCGAGGUCCUGGAGAAAGAUCUCCGAGAUCUCCGAAUGGCGAAGGUGAACUUUGUCAACGAAAAAAAGAAGUUAUGGCAGAGGAAGGGGAACAUCAUUUUUGAUUUGAUUAUAAGUAGUUACCUCUGGUCUGUUCUCUUUUUAUAUCUUCCUCUGGUUUGUCUUUUUUCUAGUUAGGUCGGCUCCACCACAAUUAUAAGUAGUUACCCUUUAUUUCUCUUUCCUAUCUUCUCACCAGUUACCCUUUAUUUGAUUAUACUUAAGCAGUAGCAGUUACGCUUACCCUUUUCUUAUAUAUAAGUAGAAGUAACCUCACCCUUUUCUCAGUACAGUUCUAAUCUGGAGAAACAAGGCUUUUGUCUUCGAAGAAGUGGUCAAGUCAGCUGUUGUCUACGUUGCAGUCGAAUACAAGGAGUGGCAGAAGGCGAUUCUUAGUUACUGCCAGACGGUGCCGUUGAAUGCUGAUCAGACAGCACCAGCCGACCCAAAGAACUGGAUCACCGGUUUGAGAAGUGCUGACACCUGGGCGAACUUUUCGAAGUUAUGGUCGUGGACUGGUGGGAGAUUAUAUUAAAUAGAUUUCAAGAAUGAAAAUGAAAUCAACAACAUAUUGGUGGAAAUACUAAGUCAAAAAGUAGUCUUCAAGACUCAAGAGCUGCAUCUCCACAUCCUUCAAAAUACGGAUCACUUUUUAGAGCAGUUCGAGUUCACAACAUCAAGCAACUGGUACAAGGAGUUCAUAAUCAGGAUCAGAUGUGCUAAGUAACUUCCUUCCUCUAAUCCCCGAAGAGCAGAAGAAGGCGAUGCCUUUCGCGAGUUUUAUGAUGAAAGACGAGAUGAGCAUUCGCGGACCCAGCGCUUUGGAGCUGACCUUGCCCUUCAAUGAGAGAGAAAUGUUGGAGGAGCGAGUGGGCUUGAUCAAGAAGCAAUUGGGCAUUGAGAACGUUUUCUUCCGUCUCGCGACUGAGGGAAAGCACGAGCAAGAUACCUCGGACAAGAUCAACCUGGCACAGCCGGCAAAGCCAAGUGCUGUUUUCUUGGAAGCAGCGUAAGAAGUGAUGGGCCGCAGUGGUGGAUAACUUACAACUCCUUUUGUACUACCAAUUCAUGUUGUAAAAAAAUCGAGGUGGUCGUUGUUUCACAGCAGGUAUGAGUAAUAAAUCAUUAUAAUGUGACUGUGAGGAGGUUGUUCUUGUAUUUUUCCACUUCCUCGUCAAGUAGAUGUUCGAAACGCAUUAAGAACUUACUAUCAUUCAUCAAUAUUAUGGAAAACUUAUUUGCAUUCAAGACCACGCUUUACGCAGCACUGAGUCCUUUUCAUUUGAGAAUAUAGAAGCACAUGAUUGUACGGAUGAAGAAUUAUCUGCACCCAAGAUGUCUUCAUCAGAAUAAUGAACUCCUGAUGAUCUACCCCAAAAAUUACGACAUCAUGAUCGUGAUGAUUCUUUCACACACUUUUCAUAGCGCAAAUAGAACGAGUGAGUUGAUGUUGUAGAUUUUCAAUUUACUCGACGUCGUCGACCACAUAUUAAUUGUUAAACGGAGAGCGAGAGACUUCUACAGAAAAUGCUCUUGGAUGU